GACGGGGCGUGUUUGUGGCCGCCCUCUCCGCGUCGCGCUCCGCCUCCCGCACCCGGCACCGCGGCACCGCGGCAGAGGCGGCGCGCCGGCCCGCCAGUCCAGCGCGUCCACCAACUGCAGCAACAUGUCGCUCAAGAUCGGCUUCCUGGGCGGGGGCAAGAUGGCCCAGGCCCUGGCCAAGGGCUUCCUCGCCAAGGGUCUGACCAGUGGAGAAAACAUAGUGGCCAGCGCCGCGCCCCAGGACAAACAAUGUUUCGAAGCGUUCAAGGGGAUGGGCGCUAGUGCAACAUCCGACAACUCGCUGGUGGUGAAGCAGUCCCAGGUGGUGUUUGUGUCCGUCAAGCCCGACAUGGUUAGCACGGUGCUGCAGCAGGUCAAGCCCGUCGUGUCAAAAGACAACCUCUUCAUCUCCAUCUGCAUGGGCAUCUCCAUCGCCGACCUGGAGAAGGACCUACCGCCGGGCACCCGGGUGGUUCGUGCCAUGCCCAACACCCCCGCCCUCGUGGGCAGGGGUGCCUCCGUGUUCACCUGCGGCCACGCGGUCAGCGCCGACGACAGCGCCACGGCCGAGAAGCUCCUCGGCGCCGUGGGCAUCGCGCACCAGGUCCAGGAGAAGCUCGUGGACCCCGUCACCGCCCUCAGUGGGUCCGGCCCAGCAUACGUGUUCCUGGUGAUCGAAGCACUGGCUGACGGCGCCGUCAAGGAGGGCAUGCCCAGGGACCUCGCCUACCAGCUGGCCGCGCAGACCGUCCUGGGGGCGGGCCACCUCGUCAUGGAGACCGGCCAGCACCCCGCCAAGCUGCGCGACGACGUCACCUCGCCGGCGGGCUCCACGGCCGCCGGCCUCGCCCACCUGGAGAAGUGCGCCGUGCGCGCGGCCGUGUCCGGCGCGGUGGAGGCCGCCACCAAGCGGUGCAAGGAGAUGCAGAAGAAGUGAGCGCGCUCCCGCUCACGAAAUCGUCCACUAGUCAAACGCCGUCCAGUUCAAAUGUGGAGGAACUCUCCACGAUGCACCAAAGGCAUGGUGCGCACCCUGUUCACUUUUUUAACCAAAUAAAUCUAUUUUUUCUAUGUCGGAAACAAA